ACCAGUUUGUGUUUAAACGCGAAUAGGCAUAGGCGCACAUCCCAGCGGUGCCUUGUCGACGGACUUCAAGCCCGUUCGUUCACAGAGAGAGAGAGGCCACUGACAGGUUGUGGAACUCGUUUCAGCCGUCGAUCGCUGCAAUUGCCGUAAAUAAAAAUAUUCUCCAUGUGUUUGUGCAAUAGACGUAAUGCGUGAAGCCUCGACGUGUCCAUAAAUAUACGAAAAAUAUACUAACUAAGCAAAUACAAAUUAAGAGCAACCAAUAACAGUGCCGCCGAUCACCUAAAGCAACUGUAACCGUAACAGCAACAGCAACAAGAAACAUCUAGUAAACAGCAACACAUGUUAUUGUGACUAACUAGCGCGACCUUUGGGUCGGUCCAUGUGCAGUCCGUGUUGAAGUGAGGUUCGGGAACUCGUGACAAAUACGUGAAUAAAUAGUGUCCAGCAUCAGAGGACGAUUUGUCGGUUGUCCGCAACAGCUGCAGAGAGCCAAAGUCAAUAAAAAACAACAACAAACAACAGCAGCAAAAACCAUACAAAAGUAAAAGAAUAAAACGCAAAGUCACAACAAAACAAACAAAACAUUUUCCGGCUCCGGCGACAUUAACAGAACUGCUCGACAUCGACAAUUUGUUUUAUCAAUUUUCAACAAGGCCAACAACACAGCACCAACAACAACAACAACAACAACAGCGACAAUAGCCAACAAACCAACAAACAACAAAAGCGCCCAGAGUGCUUAGCCGCGCUCGCGCCAAGCACGCACGCCACCACCACGACCAGCACCACCAACAUCAAACCAUCUCCAGCUCCAUAUCCACAUCCGCGUCCGCAUCCAUCUUCAGCUCCACCCAACACCCACUACCCAACCCCUUGGCAAGUGCUCGCCCAGCAUCCGCCUGCUCCAGCUUCCUCAGCAUCCUUGCAGCGCGCCGGCACCCCCCACAGUGAGCACUCGUACUCGCGGCCUGCCGUUGCCGUUGCCGUAGUCGUUGCCGUAGCCGUAGCCAGUUCCCGUUAGCAGUUCUGCGACAAAGACGAACGCGACAAUGGCUGCAUAUGCGCAGUUUGGAUAUGGUUACCCGUCGGCAAAUCAGUUACUCGGUGGUGCGGCGGCAACCACUGGCGACAGCCAGAGCGGACAUGGUGGGGGCUCGGUGCCCUCGCCGCUGUCCGGCACAAACGAGGCCUCCCUCAGUCCCUCGGGCGGCUCGACUACCACAGGCAUCACCGGCCCAGUGAGUCCAGGUGCAAUUUCUCAGUCGUCUAACAAUGCGGGCCCGACUGCAGCCACAGCCACGUCGCCGACGGAUGCAGAUGCAGUCGGCAGCGAUGUAACCGGCGCUACAGAAACAGACCCAGCUGUCAGCGGCGGCGGCGGCAGCGGCGUCGGCGUCGGAGUCGUUGGCAGUGCCCUAGAUGUUCACGUCCGUGCAGCGCACAGCAUGUCCUGCUGCGAAAACGGACGACCGAUCAUCACGGAUCCCGUCUCGGGCCAGACAGUCUGCUCGUGCCAGUACGAUUCGGCGCGUUUGACGCUCGGCGGCUACUCGCGCAUGGCAUUGCCCUCGGCUGGCGUAGGAGUUUAUGGCGGCCCGUAUCCCUCUAACGAGCAGAACCCCUACCCCAGCAUCGGUGUGGACAACUCGGCCUUCUAUUCGCCUCUGAGUAAUCCCUACGGCAUGAAGGAUACCAGCACCGGCACCGAUAUGAACGCCUGGACCUCAGCUGGCCUGCAAUCAACUAGUGGCUAUUACUCCUACGAUCCCACUCUGGCCGCUUACGGCUAUGGGCCCAACUAUGAUCUCGCCUCGCGCCGCAAGAAUGCCACGCGUGAAUCGACGGCGACGCUGAAGGCGUGGCUCAGCGAACAUAAGAAGAAUCCAUAUCCGACCAAGGGCGAGAAAAUUAUGCUGGCCAUCAUCACGAAGAUGACGCUAACCCAGGUCUCAACAUGGUUCGCGAAUGCGCGACGCCGUCUGAAAAAGGAGAAUAAAAUGACGUGGGAACCGAAAAACAAGACCGAGGACGAUGACGACGGACUGCUCUCGGAUGAGGAGAAGGAGAAGGAGCCCGGCGAGGGCACCAAGCUGCAAGCCAGCGACACAUUUGAUCCCGGCAAUCAGCGUAUCAAGUCCGAGCUGGCCAAGUCGGACAAGGAUCUGGACAUCGAGGAGAAGCUGGAGCGUGAGCCGCAAAACUUGCUGGCCAUCCGUGGCCUGCCGCCGUAUGGUGCACCCAAUUUCAAUAGCCAUCCGGCGCACUCCUACAAUCCCUACGCACAUGCCCACGCCCACGCCCACGCCCAUGCACACCAGCAGCAUCAGCAGCAGCAGCAGCAACAGCAGCAGCAACAGCAGCAGGAGCAACAACAACAGCAUCAGCAGCAGCAACAGCAGACGGCAGCUGCUUACUACAAUCCUGGCUACGGCCAUGGCCAUGGCCAGGAGGGAGUUGGAGCUGGCAGUGAAUACGCCCUUCAAAAAAACCAGCUGAGCAGAGACUGUGGCAUACCGGUGCCGGCGAGCAAGCCCAAAAUCUGGAGUGUGGCCGACACAGUCGCCUGCAAGACACCACCGCCUACGGCAUAUCUCGGCCAGAACUUCUAUCCACAGCAGCAGCAGCAGCAGCAGCAGCAACAGCAGCAGCAGGCACAGUCUCAGUCGGGCCUGGUGCCAGAUUCGCCGACGACCCAGCUGCAUCCGGAGCAGUCGCUGACGUUGAUGGGGCCGCAAGUCGAGCUCGGUUCGCCGCUGAGUAUGAUGAGCAGCUACGCCGCCGCAUCGCCAUAUUCGCGGAUACCUACGGUGUACACCGAGGCCAUGGGCAUGCAUACCAAGACGCCUAUCAAUAUGCAUCGCGACCUCUCCCAGCUCCAGGUGCAUUCCAGCUCGAGCCAGGCGCCCUACCUGCCCCAUUCCCAGCAGCAGAGGGUGGGGUUUUCCGAGAUACAGCCCGAUACGCCGCCGCAGACGCCGCCAAAUAUGAAGCUGAUCUCUCUCAGCAACAACAACUCCAGCAGCAACAACAACAACAACAACACCAGCAGCAGCAGCAGCAGCAACAACAGCAACAGCAGCUCUACGCUGCAUUCCGGACCCGGCCCGGUACCAAUAGCAUCCAUGGGUUCAAUGCUUUACAAUAACAACAUCUACAACAGUAGCAGUAGCUACCUGACGAGCAGUCGAUCCAACUCCUAAUGGGACAAGGCUCUGGAUGAGACGGACGGGGGAGUUGGCCUUAGUAGAUGCCGAUACCAAAUAUUUUCGUAACCAGGCCCAAGUGGACAAGUGCAAACAAAUAUCGCCGGCAAUCGUUAAGCGAUGGUGAUAGCGAUAACGAUAACGAUACCACACUAAUUAUUUUGCAAUAAAUGUAGCUUAAGCAUGGCAAUAAAAACUUUAUUUCCUACCAUAUCGUAAAUUAUUUCACUUUAUAACUUUAAUUAGCAUAUUCACACUCAUCAAUUUAAGCAGACAGACUACCCAGACGACACACAGCCGUUUGUCAUGCAGUGGGAUUUGUUUGAGUCACUCAUUCAGUCCCUCCACACACGCACACACACACACUCCCCUCCCUCGGCUUGGGUUUAAUGACUCGAACAUGAUGACAGUACACAGCUCUCCAAGACGACUUGGAACAUUUCUCAGCUCAUUCAGACAUCAUUUCUGAACUCUCGCUCUCUCACACUUCUCACUCUGUCUUUCUCUCGCUCUGUGUGCAAAGUUGUUUAUACAGUUAUUUAAUUACUACCUUUAUGUAUAAGUGCGAUAAAAUCUUGAAGAGAGAACCUAGAACUAUUUAAGCUAGAAUUGCGAAAAAAAUAUCGGAAACACUAUGAAACUAAGUAAGUUGUAAUAUGGAUAAAAGAGUGCUUAGGUUGAUUUAUUUGAACGAAUUGUAAUUUUUGAUAGCUGCGAAUAAAUAGCUAAACUUGAUAGCCAGUGUUUUCUGUGAUAUAUCCAUAAAAACAACUUGAAUAAUCGAUAACUACUCGAGAGUGG